ACGCGCGUCGUUGGCGGCGGCGACUCGGCGGUCUGCGCCCGCCGUGAGCUCCUCGAUGAGCAUCUGCGGAGGAGUCGAGAUCGGUCAAACUCGGAUAUAGUGAUACUCGGACUGAGCCGACACGCGGAACGCAGUCGAGGAGACCUAGGGACGCACAGGCACCAUCUCGCGCGAGCGGACCAUCUUGGCGACCAUCUUGGCGACAGUGUUGAGAUCUGGCGGAUUGUUGACGAGGUUACCGGUCGUCUCGUCCAUGUGCUCGAUGACCUCGCGCGACUCGUCGACCGACAGGAGCGGCCACACGAACGGGUUGGCCUUGCCCGGCCCGCACACGCGCUUGUGGUCGUUCCAGACCUGCACACACGGGCUCGAGAGGUCGGCUGGGGAGGCUCGACGAGGCGCAAAGAGACCGAGAGGAGGAGGAGAGGGGACGUAGGAGACGCUGAUGCUCGGGCGAGCAGAAGUACAGGCUGAUGCCGGCCUCGGCGCACCUGCUGCAGCGGUUCUUGGUCUUGGUGCAGCACACGAGGCACGUCUCGUCCCACUCGGAGCUCAUGCUGAGGCUUGAGGAGGUUUUUGUGAUGACGACGAGGGGAGCCUCGUGGAGCUGAUGAAGACGAAGGAGCAUCUCAAGCUCGUCUGGAAGGCGCACAAGCCCGUCUGCGGCCCGGGCAAGGCGCUCCCGAUUGCCACCCUGCCGCUCACCGACCUCGAGCUCAAGGCUGCGCACGCACGCCUCGACAAGAUCGCCAUACCCGAGCAGCCCUUUCCGAUUUCCCUGCGGCACGAGCUUCAGAUGAGAGCGAAGCAGCCGGCCGAGACCGUCCUCAAGCACCUCGGUGGCGACGUCUGGGACACGAGCAAGCUCUCGGCCAAGCCCUGGAUUGUCCUCAUGGUCCGCAUGGCCAUGUGCGAGUACGGCACCCACGGCGAGAUCGACUGCGACCCUGCGCCUCUCGCUCUCGAGCUCUUCCAGCACUACCACAGGGGCGAGGGCCGCGACGAGCCGGGCGGCAUCUACGAGGCGGCGCGCGUCAGCUACCAGGUCACCUGCGUCUACGACUGGCUCGCGCACGUCGGCGGCAUCGGCGCUCACGACCCGCGCGAGCCGUGGUUCAGCCUCCUCGCGCACAAGGUCCUCCUCUUUGGUCACCUCGGUCGCCUGAGCGCUGCGUCGCUUGACGCGCUCGAGGUCCGGACGUUCUACGAGGGCGCGAGGAAGCGUUUCGACGACUGGGGGAUGGUCAAGGUCUGAGCGAGCGCGGCGAGGGCGAGCACGCAGUCCAGCAGUCGAGGAGCGCAGCCGCUCGCGAACGAGGUCGUGCGCUCGAUUCUUCUGAGCGGUCGGGCAGAAUAACGUUCACGAGCAG